AAUUAUUAUUUUUUCUUCCCUUUGGCUUUUCAGGAUGUAAUUGUUUUUUGGAGGUUGGAGAUACAUGAUGGCUUUGAAGGUCUCCUCAUUAGGAAUUGACAGGGAUUGAUUGAUUCAGGGGAGUUUUGUGCUGAGUCGAGAAAUAAGAUACCUUUUUACCGGGAAUGGGAUGGUUUUCGAAAUGAGCAUCCAGGAUUUUGAUGAUCGGACACAUGAUCACAUGUACCCCCACCAGAAUGGGGGAGUGGACUACAGAGAAGGCUCGUUCAUUUCCGAUGAGGUGAAGGGUUACCAGGAAUCUGGAGUAUAUCACUCAGACAGCCAAGUGGGGACCGUCUUCAUCCGGAUUUCUGUCCCAGAGCUCAAACUUCAGAAAUGUCUACAGUUUGAGUUGGAUGAAACAGUAUGGCAAGCCAAACAAAGAAUCCUGGGGUCAUUCGCAAAGGACUUGAAGGACUCCAUCAACUAUGGCCUCUACUGUCCACCCAUGAAUGGGAGAGCGGGGAAAUUUCUGGAUGAGGAACGUCUACUAAGGGAGUACCCUCUACAAGGACCAAUAGGAUUUCUGGAGUUUAAAUAUAAGAAGAGAGUAUACAAGAUGAUGCACGUGAAUGUCAGGAAGCUAAAACAGCUCCAUGUAAAGAGUAACCUGAGACAUUUUAUUGACUAUGUCAGGACCUGCAAUAUUGAGAAACUCAACAAAAUAUCUAAUAAAGGACUGGACCCCAACUUCCACGAUUCAAGUACAGGAGAGACCCCUUUGUGUUUGGCUGCCUCCAUGAAUAAGCCCAAGUGUCGAGAGCUGAUCAUCUGUUUAGCAGGUGGGGGAGCCCACUUAGACUUCAGGAACAAGAAAGGAAUGACAGCCCUUCAUGUUGCUGUUAUAGCGGGCAACACAGAAGCCAUCAAGACCUUGUUGGAUUUGGGUGUGUCCCCUAACAUCAAGGACAGUCGAUCUCUGACCCCCCUCUACUAUACAGUCUGUCACUGCUCGAGCCCCGGCUGUAUGGAAAUGCUAUUACAGGAGAGAGCCUUUAUAGGGUCACAAGAUGAACAAGGGUGGUUUGAAAUUCAUCAUGCUUGCAGGCAAGGUUUAGUGCAGCAUUUGGAACACCUCUUGUUUUAUGGAGCUGACAUGGACGUUCAGAAUGCCAGUGGAAAUACAGCCCUGCAUGUUUGUGCAUUACAUAACCGAGAGUCUUGUUUACGAGUUUUACUGUUCAGAGGAGCCAGUAAGGAAAUACUUAAUUACAGUAACCAAUCACCCUAUGAAUCUGCCAUCUUGGCUGGAAAUGAUGCCCUCGCAGAAAUCAUCGAGGGGCAUAAAAAUGAGGAUGUUGUACCAUUCCGUGAGACUCCUAGAUUCAGCACCAGAAGACGAGAUUCUGUGGCGUCUGCUGCCAUGUAUGCCCUUUACCGUUCCCGUAGCGACCCGAGGAUAAACCAGAUCUUAAUCAGCCCCUCCUCCUCCACCCAGAGCUUCUCACACCUACACAACAGCAUGACCACAGACUCGUACUCAGGCUCCCGGGGGACAGACUCACCAUGCUCAAUGAGUCUGUCUAGCUCAAGUUCGGGCCCAGGCUUCUUUGGAAAAGGAGCAAGUGCAUCUUUCCCCUUAAGGCGGCCAAUGUCCGUAUGCCAGAGCCAUUUUCCAGAGCAUAGUAGACCCACCUUUCAGUCUCAGUUUGAAAUUAUCAAAAAGAGGCUGACGCCUGCCAACUCUUUUCGCUCCUUGCAAUCUCGAGACCGCCUGGACAUAGAAUUCCACAAAGACCUCCAGAGAAGACUGUCCCUGCAAUUUGAGUUGAGGAAACGGAGUCAGUAUUAUCAGAAUCUCACGGUGCCCAGAAGUCACGUGACCCGAAGCCAGAGCUCUGAUCAGGGGAGCGAUACUUCGAGCACUAAACUUUCGCCUUCGAUGGAAUCCAUUGAUAGUGUUCGGAGCCAAAGCCCUCAUUUAAGUACAUUUUCGUCCCAUUCUGGAAAUGUGUAUAGCAGUUCCCGAUCUGUUGAGGAUAGCAGGAAGUGUGGUAGGGAUCGUAACAAAAGUCAAAACACUGCCCCAGUGCGGAAUACUGUUUGUACCUCAGACUGUGCCAUAUACAGUGUCAUCUCAAAACCUAAAAAACACAGAAUGCCAAUGAAAAUUCAGGGUCGUGGGAAUGUUUGUAAGCAAGAAGAAAUCUACUCAAAUUCCAGAAUUUACUCAGAAUCUCAAGAUAAAUGUAAAAGUCUUCCCAACAAAGACCUGGUCAGUAGACAGAGAAGUGCACCAGCGGGGGACGUAUAUUCAUUUAUUUCGGCCAAUCACUGCCCACCUGAAGCCAAGCUGGAGUUGGAGACUGACCACAUUUUUGUUUGCAUUGAGCGCUAUGUGCCUCGUACACCUGAGGAACUGGCUCUGGAGAAAGGAGACAUUGUAGAAGUCCUUGGAGUUGGGGAGCAAGGAUUCUGGGAAGGUCGAGUCAAUGGCAACGAGGGAAUGUUCCCUAGCAAUUAUGUUCAUGAAGUCAAGUUAAGGAGGAAAGCUGGUUCCCUUGGUGACCUGGUGUCCGCCUCCAGACAUGACAUGAUGCUGAACAGAAAUACACUAGCUGCCAUUGUACCAAACUUCAGUGAAUAUGCACCAAGGUCAGUCGUGCUGCAGAAGGGGCCAGAGGGAUAUGGAUUUGUGUUGCGAGGAGCAAAAUCCCAGACCCAGGCCACUGGAGAACUGGACUUUCGACCCUCGGCAGAAUUUCCGGCUCUACAGUACCUGGACAGUGUGGAUCCAGGCAGCAGGGCAGACAGAGCUGGACUGAAGACAGGAGAUUUUAUUCUGGAGAUAAAUGGGGAGAAUGUGGUGCGGGCAUCACAUGAUCGAGUGGUGCAGCUGAUCCGCCAGUCGGGAGACACCCUGGCUCUCAAGGUGGUGACCGUCAAGCCCCUGGAAAAGCCAGACCACUGGCUCCAGCACCACAACGGAACCAUGACUCUUCCGAACAGAGGCGGAACAAGGCGGCAAGCCCCACAACCCCCUCAGAGGGACCCCCAGACUUCUCUGUCUGUGGGCAAAGCCCAGGGAAAACAGUUUACAGAGGGCAUGGCUGAGUUAGAGAGAACUGUGCAGGAACUAAAUUCUUCUACUGAGGACCAACUGGAUCUAGCACUUGCCGAAUAUGAAAGACAGACUGUUCAAUCUGUGGUUUCUUCUGACCAGAAGACAGCUUCCAUCAGGAGCAAACACUCUGCAAAACGUGUCUCAUGCGUCGAAUUAGACAAGAUUGAAAAUCCUGACUCCAAAGCUGCCACCACCAAAGGGAAGGUUAAGGAUUACAUGAGUCCCUCCGAAAUACGCAUUCAGAAGUAUCAUCACAAGAAAGCAGGGGGAAAUCUGGAGAGGUCAAGUAGUACUCCGAGUCUGGUUGAUAAGAAAAAUGAAGCUGUUUAUGCUACACCAACAGUACCCUCUACUGAACAAAAUGACAUUGGGCAUAGGCGAUCUAGCAGUGGUGCUGCUAUCAGUCACAUAUACGCAACCCCUGGGGAGAGACCUAAAGCACCUCCUCCCCCUCCUCCUUCUGGGUCAUCAACUCCCAGUCCCAAGAGACCAGCACCUGCUCCUCCAGAAAGACCUCAGUCAGAAAUUAUUUCAAUAUCCACUGAUAGAAGAAAAUCUUCUCUGAGCAGUGUGACUGAUAGUUUAUUGUCUACCGAGAAGCCUGCUUCUGAAUAUGAAUCAAGUUUCCGACCUGGUAUUUCUGCUCAGUUGACAACAGAACCCAAAAUGUCAACUCCUUCACUUCAACAAGCCAAACUCCGUUCACACAACAGGAAUUCAAGUCAAGUUUCUGUAAAUUCAAAUGAUUCUGGGGGAAGUAAGCGCAGUGAGGAGAAAUUGGGAGUCACAUUUGCAGAUGACAAAGUUCAAGAUCAUGCCAAUUUAUUCCUACAGAAACACCCAAAUGCUCAGCUGCUGGUCACUGCAGAUGUGCAUGCAAAGAACAAAGACAGGAAAAUGUCUGAACCAGAACCCGAUUAUGACAGCGAUGAAAAUGAUGAUAAGGUGAAAAGUAAAGUGACAGUUAUAAGUGUGGGUGGAGGGUCAGAGGGUUCAAAGAAAUAUACUGUGAAAUCGGAUAUACCCUCAGGAGGUGGGGGAAUGGUUAUACCCCCACCACCUUCUGAACCAGCCCCAAAGCCUCCAGGUCAUAAACCACCCUCACCUCUACCGAAACCAGCAAAGCAAGACACUGAUAUCAAAAUUAGUUUUUCAACAGAAAAGAAAGUCAUUGAGGAGAACUUUGUCAAAAAUAAUGAAACUUCUUCAGUAAAGUCGGAGGAAACUGUGUCAUUUUCAUCAAAAACUCCAGAACCAGAGCCACUUAACGUUCCUCCUGCCCCACCAGCUCCACCUCCUCCUCCUCCCCCACCACCAGCACCAGAUGUCUCAGCUCAUGUGGAGAAACCGAAAACUCCUCCACCUGUGUCUGAGAAAAAGCCAAAGUCAGUUGUGCAAGGUAUCCCUUCAAAGGAUAUCAUGGCUGCUGUGGCUCAGAGGAAAACAAGAAUCGAGAGUGAAGGGCUGAAGAUUUCUACAGGACCAAACAAAGAGGCACCAGUAAAAGAUGGAAAAGACCUUAGGAACAGAAUGAUCGACAAUACACACAGUGCAAUAUUGGCUGCCGUUGCAAAGCGAAGAGCUCUUCUUGAGGAGAAAGAAUCUGAUCAUUCUGUGGCUGAGGAGAUAGAAAACCGACUACAAAAAACCAAGAAACUGCAGUCUGCAAAGUACUUCUUCUCUAGUGAGUCAAUUCAAAAAAAGGAAGCGGAAAAACUGAACAAAGUAGAAACAAAAACUGAGACUAGUGCUAAGGAAAUUACACCCACCAUUGUUAAGCCAACAACACCAACCGCAGUCUCACCCAAAACAACAAAACCACCUAGCCCAGUACCCAGUAAAAAGACAAAACCACCAAGUCCAUCCCCAGUGAGAAAAAUUAGUCCACCCACACCAGGAGCCAAAACUUUGCCAUCUGCUACAAAAACAACAACAGCACCUAAUCCAACAAAAACUGUGGAAAAAACACAGAAUGCACCAAAACCAAUCUACUCUUCUUCUGCAAAACCCCCAAGUCCAAAACUCAAAAAGGCACCCAGUCCUGUUCCUAUCAAAAGUCCUGCACCAGAGACUACUCCAGAUAAACCUAAAGCAAAAGCACCGGCAACUCCUUCCAGCCCCCAGAAAGAUAAAAAAGAUGUAGAGAAAGAUGAAAAUGAAGAUCUUUUGGCAAAAGCAGAAAAAGCUAGACAAGAUUGGCUUCAGAAAAAAUCAAGUAGUAGUUCUCUGAGGUCUCCAAGAGAUGUAACCAGAAAUCCUAGCAAAUUAAAUUCACCAAGGAGAACAGCCUCCAAAGCUGGCACAAAAACUGAGAACUCGGAAACAAAGAAGGAGUCACCAUCUUCAACCAAAACUACCCCCAAAACAAAUGGAAUGACACUUCCACUGAAAAAUGAGGAAAGCAAUGGCACAAGUGUUCAGAAUAAUCAAACCAACACAGCUAAGAGUUCUUUGCAGAUUCAUUCCACUAAGUCCCCAAACAAAAGUGGAAUUACGCCAAUGAAGACUGCUAAGGACUCUGAUGUGUUGAUGAAAACUAGAAACAUAAAAGACCGCAUCGCAAAUUUUGAAAAGGAGAAACCUCUUGUGAAUGGAAAGUCCGACGGUAAUUCCAAAAUUCCUGUGCAUGGGGUUACAGUGGACAGUUCUUUAACUGAUAAAUCCCCUGCUCUCCCUCCUCCCCCAGAAUUUGGGGAUGCUCUUCAGCUUGAAAUUAUUCCACCUCCCUCAGGGUUUAAUGUUAAUGACACUUUAGAAUCACCCACAUAUAACUCAGCUUUCCAUCAUAGUGAUUCUUCGUCUGUGUCUACACUUUCUACCUUAUCAGACGACCACAUUGACAGUAAAACAAAACAUUCCUACGAGGACUUAAUUGCCCCACCCCCUCCAGGAUUUGAUGAUAAUAGCGAGGACACUGUCCCCAGUGUAAUCCCCCCACCCCCAGAUUUUGGGGGAAACAAGCCAGCACAAAAAUCAAAUAAGACUGUGAAUAAACCAUUCUUGUCAAAGCCUCUUUCAAACUGGCAGUGUUUGGAUGUUCUUGAUUGGCUGGACAGUAUAGAAAUGGCUCAGUACAAGAAAAGUUUUCAGCAACAUUGUAUUGAUGGGAAAAAGCUUAAUGGACUACAACGCAAUGACUACAUUCAGUUAGGUGUGACUCAAGUUGGUCAUCGGAUGAUGAUGGAAAGAGCCAUUAAAAAAGCCAGUAACAUUGUCACUGGUACACAUUUGUGAUUUUGUGAUAAAUUAUUCAAGGAAAGAUAACUCUCAGCAUAUCUUGAGGUCGCAGAAGGUGAACCAAGUACUUCUGUGAGGAAUUUCGCUUUAUGUCUGUGAUUUUUCUGUUGGAAUUAUCAUUUGAUGGAACAAAAAUCCCAGUGCUAUAGAUGUGAUGGGUGGUCUUCCAUAUUAUUUCAUAUUGGCCAUGCCAGAUGGUUAUUUACUCGGGUUGUGCAUAUAUAUAAAUGUAUUCACGUGAUAACUAUAUAUAUAUAGCCAGUAAACAUUGUAUUCACAUAUAAUGUCUUUUUUUCUCCUCUCAUCAGAAAGUGCCAACAUAGUGAAAAGACAUUUUCUCUUCUGAAUCUUCAAUUGAAAUUAUAAAUUUUAAUUGAAAUUCAACUUUUUUUUUCCUUUGAUAAGUUUAUUUUUAAUAGCUAAAACAUUAGCAUGUUGAGCAGGAUAUUUUGUCACUGAUUUUAUUUGAUCGCUAAGUAAAAGCAUUACUGUAUGUAAGAAUAUCAGGAAAUAAAAACUUCUUUGUAUUGCAACAUGUAUAAAUAUAGAAGUGGCCAUUGCCUUCAAUUUGUGAUAUGCCUGUUGUAAAAAUGUUCAAGUUGGUCUGUUGAAGCUAUGCUGGCAUAGCUUAAUUUCAAAUUUCUGCUGCAGUUAAGGUCAUUAAGCUUUUAUGUAUAAACAAAUGUAUGGUAAAAAUAUGACGGACAAAAAUUGUCCAAUCAUAGUUGUUUGGCUAUAUUCUGAUGUAGAAAAAAAAUACAUGCCAAAUUACCGGUAGAUUAUUAUAAUGCUAUUUGACUAUAGCAUUUGAUUUUGAAGUCCAUGCUUUCUCAUAAAAGAAAUUUUCUGCCUCGUAAGCUUAUUGAAUGUGCCAUGAUGGUGAAAGGCUGAGUCAAGUUAUUCUACAAAACAACCAUUUCACAUUAUGUUGUUGUAUGAAAUAUAAUUUAUUUUUUACUUAAAAAAAACAUUUUCGCAAAUUUACUGUCAUGUAUUUGUAGAUAUAUGAUUGUAAAUUAAUAUUGACAGAAAAUUUAUGACAUUAAAUAUAUAUUG